UUUUUUUUUCGUGCCGAUCGUAAACCAGAAAAAAAUGGACAAAAAUUCAAUAAUUUCAUCGAAAAUGAUCAUCACAACAGUGAUGAUAAUAUUUUUAAUGAAAAUUUCAUUAAUUCAAACAACAAGACGAAUAGAACGAAUAGAUCGAAUACAACCAAUGAAAUUUUUUCAUGAUUGUGGUAAUGGUGAAAUCACUUAUUUACGUUUAGGUGAUUGUUAUCAUGAUGUAUCCGAAUGUUUUGUACAAGUAAAUUCAACAUUUAAAUUACAAUAUGAAUUAUUAUCAAAUCAAAAUACAUCCAAAAUGAUUGCUAAUAUGACUAUUAUUGAAGUAUUAACACAUCAUCAUAAAGUAAAUUUUUGUCAAGAUUAUCCAGAUAUGUUUACUUGUCCAUUGAUCAAAGGAUAUCAAUAUAAACGUAGUUUUAAUGUUGAUUUAAGUGGUUAUUUUAUUGAACCAAAACCAAAUAUUACUUAUCCAUAUAUUGGUCGUCGAAUGUUACCUGUUGAAAUGAAAAUUAAUUUAGAAGGUGAUCAUGGUCAAAUUGCAUGCAUUCGAUUGAAUUUUAAAUUAACCGGGUGAACUUCUUUAAACGACAAAAAACCAGAGAAAAAAAUUUUUUGUAAAAACCAAAUGAUAAUGAAAAACAAACAAACAACAACGAUGAUGACGACGAU